AUGGUUCAAAGUUGUUUUAUUGGGUUUUUAUUACUACCUGUAGCUAUUUUUUUGCCGCCUUUAGCUAUUAUUAUUGAUAAAGGUUGUGGAAGUCAUUUAUUUGUUAAUUGUAUACUAACGGCUUUUUUUUUAAUACCUGGUAUUAUCAAUGCCCUUCUGGUAUUAUACUGUUUUGAAAGUACAAACUACGAUGAAAAGGAUAAUAUUAACCAAGGAGCAAACAUUAAUAAAACUAUAAAUCAAAAACUUAAAAAUUAUAAUGAUGCUAAAAGUAUAAUUAUAGUAUGA